GCUAGUUUCACCGCAGCACCGCUCAUUGGUUGUCACUGUGUUGCUGAGAAACUUGUGGGAGUGGGCCAUCAGCUUGACUGCAGAUAUCCUGAUUUCCUGUUAUUUAAAGUUUUAGUCAGUCUUGAAGUGAGGUGUGGAGUUUUUACGCUAAGAUGAUAACCAUUAGCCUUUUAGCAGGACUACUGGCUCUUCUGCUCUACCAGAGGAUGACUUAUCCUUUCUUCUGGGUCGAUUUGAUGUAUUACUUAAAACUUCGGAGGUACGGAAGGACUUUGCAGGCUCGUAUGCAGCAAGGAAUCAUCACAUACCUCGACUGUUUUAUCUACCAGGCGAGGAAGAACCCGAACAAACCCUUCAUCAUCUUCGAAAACCAGACCCUGACAUACCAGGAUGUGGACAGGAGAAGUAAUCAGUUUGCAAACGCGUUCAGGACGGAGGGCUCUUUGAAACAAGGAGACAUUGUUGCCCUGUUGAUGUUCAACGAACCGGACUUUAUUUGUGUGUGGUUGGGGCUGUGCAAACUGGGCUGUGAAGUCGCCUUUCUCAACGUCAACAUUAAAGCCCAAUCUCUGCUUCACUGCUUUCAUAGUUGUGGAGCCAGGACGCUUGUUGUCGGCGCAGAUUUGGUGCGUUUGGUGGAAGAGGUGUUGCCUGGUCUGAAGAAGGACAGCAUGGCUGUGUGGGUGCUGGAUCACACAUCACCUUCUGAGGAUUGUAACAGUUUACUAGAUAAGGUGGAACUCAUGUCUGGAGAAACCUUAAGUGACCAUCCUAAAGUUGACAUCAUGUCAAACUUUCUCUUCAUUUUUACUUCAGGCACCACAGGCCUCUCCAAGGCUGCCCGUGUAGGUCAUCUGAAAGCCAUUUUGAGUAUGGCCUUCUUUCAAAUGUGUGGAGCCACAUCUGAGGACAUCAUCUACAUCACUCUUCCUCUUUACCACAUGUCUGCUUCCCUGUUAGGGGUUGGAGGAUGCAUACAGCUUGGGGCAACGUGUGUUUUGAAAAAGAAGUUUUCUGCCAGUCAGUUUUGGAAGGACUGUGUGAAACACAAUGUGACAGUGGUGCAGUACAUAGGAGAACUGUGUCGAUACCUGUUCAACCAUCCCACAGUUCCAGAGGAGAGGGCUCACAGUGUUCGGCUGUUCGCAGGAAGUGGUCUCCGGUCAGAUGUUUGGAAGCAGUUUGUCCAACGCUUUGGUAGGAUCAAGAUCAGAGAGGGUUACGGAUUGACUGAGACCAGCAUCGGCUUCCUCAACUACACCGAAGAGGUCGGACCAAUUGGGAGGGCAAGCUAUUUCAACAAGCUUUCCAUGGCUUUUGAGCUCCUCAGAUAUGACCCACAAACAUACGAGCCAGUCCGAACACCCUCUGGGAGAUGCAUACGAGCACAAAUAGGAGAGGCAGGGAUCCUGGUUGCUCCUCUCACAGCUAUGAACCAGUUCCUGGGCUACGCAGGGAACCAGAUCCAGUCUGAGAAGAAGCUGCUCAGAGAUGUCUUUAAAGCUGGGGAUGUCUACUUCAACACCGGAGACCUCCUGCUCCACGAUUACAGGGACUUUCUUUACUUCCGGGACCGCAUCGGAGACACCUUCAGGUGGAAAGGAGAGAACGUAUCCACCACUGAGGUGUCCGAGGUUUUAGGUCUUCUUGAUUUUAUCCAGGAGGCCAACAUCUACGGAGUCACCAUACCAGGAUAUGAAGGUCGGGCAGGUAUGGCUGCCAUCGUCUUGAAACAGGAUCACAAUUUAAAUGGAACAAAACUCUACAACCAUUUAGUGAAAUCACUUCCUGCAUAUGCCUGGCCGUGGUUUCUCAGAAUGCAGGCCUCUCUGGAUGUGACCGAGACUUUCAAGCAGCAGAAGGUGAAGCUGGUCCAGGAGGGUUUUGAUCCGGACGUCACCCAGGACCUUCUGUAUUUCUUAGAUGUCUCUAAGAAAGAUUAUAUUCUCCUGACUGUAUCUCUGUAUCAAGACAUUGUCUCUGGAAAGUUCAAGUUAUAAACAUUUUAGGACAAAGCUGCAGUACAGACAGACAUCAGAAGAUAAGUACAUAUAAUCCAUGUUGUAGCCACAUGUCUGUACUUGUUUGUGAUCAGUGCCACAAACAAAACAUGUAUUUACCUCAGCAGAGAGAAGCAGGCCUUUAUUACAAACCCUUCCUCCAUGUUUACAUCCUGAUGACUUCAGUGUCGUUUACAUUUCCACAGGACUGAUUCCAUCAGUCAUGACAUUCUCGCCACUCUUCUUACUUUCUGUUUCCAACAGAAAGACUGUUUUUGUUCACUUGUUUCUGCUUGUGAUUGCUUAACUGCUUGUUAUUAUCACCGGCUUGUUACUGUCGUCAACACUACCUGCAUGUUUCACAAUCAAGAGCUUUGUGCAUGUUGAAAUUAUUUCAUUGAAAUGUUGAAAGGAUUUUGUACAGUAUUUUUCACAAGCCAUAAGGGAAUUCAGAUACAAUGUUGGCAUUAUGCAGAACAAGUUUUAUUUCAAUGUCAGAUGAUGUCACAUAUGGGAGUGGCUUUCCCUGACCAGUGAGUUGUCACGCCACAACUCAAUUUCUUACAGAUGACUUAUAUUUUUGCUCGUUGUCGCCUGUUCCUGGUUCCUUGGAUUCCACAAUGUUUUGAGGGCUGUCUUCCAUUAUUUACUAUGUAUAAUUAUGUAUUUUCAACCUCAGAAAUGUCAAAAUUAGCUUUAUAAUCCAUAUAUAUUGUUGUUAAACUUGACCUACCUGAUUUAUCUUCUGUGGAAAUGGACAUUAUACUGAAUUUAUCAUGUGAGCUUUGAGAGUGUAGUAAAUACACUCCCUCUUUUUUUGUCUGACUGUUAUUAGUGCCUGCCUUUACAGUAAUCAUUCAUUCUGUCCAUGUCCAUUAUUUGAAUGAUUUGUUUUAUGUUGUGCACUUUUAUUUGAGAAUGUUUGCUAUUACCUUACUACUACUUAUUACUGUUGGAAAUCUGGUUUUCUUAGAAGAAUGGGAUGGAUAUAUUUAUAUUUCUUCAGUAUAAAUUAUAUCCUCGUAGUCAUAAUAAAAUAAAAUGUAGUAGUGUUAUAGCAGCUGUCUGUAGGUGUAACACUUAAUAUAAGAUUCACUGUACUCACACAGACUGUGUAACUUUGAGCAAAAUGUUCGGGGAACUGACUAUAAAUGUUGAACUCCAA